GCCUGCCGGGAGCGCAAUACACAAUGGCGACUCCCAGUCUGCGAGGUCGCCUGGCGCGGCUUGGGAACCCCCGGAGGCCUGUACUGAAGCCCAAUAAACCCCUCAUCCUAGCUAACCGAGUUGGAGAGCGGCGCCGGGAGAAGGGCGAGGCGACCUGUAUCACGGAGAUGUCCGUCAUGAUGGCUUGCUGGAAGCAGAAUGAAUUCCGCGACGAGACGUGCAGGAAAGAGAUCCAGGACUUCUUCGAUUGUGCUGCAAGAGCUCAGGAAGCACGAAAAAUGAGAUCAGUCCAGGAGACCAUGGGAGAGUAUGGGAGUUUACCUCCCAAGAAAUUGAAUAAAUUAUUACAAAGGUUUCCUAACAAACCUCAUCUCAGCUGAAAGUGGAGAAGCAUUUUCAAUGAUUGGACUAUCACUUCUGAACACUGUGCAGAGGCAUUUUAGAGAUGUUUGUACUGUCAUGCUCUUUUCCAAGGGUAAAAUGAGGUGAUACCCUUUUUUUGCACUUUGGAGUUACAGUCUACAUGGAAAUUAUGGUUUAUCUUGAAAUAAAAUUCUCUGAAGAAAAAUUGGC